GGGGAGCAGAAAUCACCAGGAAUCAUACCCUUGGCAGUGAAGGAUGUGUUUGGAAUUAUACAAGAGACACCUGGACGGGAGUUCCUCCUCCGAGUAUCCUAUUUGGAAAUCUACAACGAGGUCAUUAACGAUUUGCUUGAUCCCACAGGGCAGAAUCUAAGAAUACGAGAGGACUCUCAGGUACUUGUGAAUCUGUAUGGUGAUUUAGAUGUCAUGCCUGCAUAUCCAUUAUUGGCCUUUGAUAAGUCAAGAUCAUUUGUGUUGCAUUUU